UGCAUGAUGCCGCAUGUGAUCUGGAUCGAUCAUCGCCAGUGCUACCGCAUCGUCACGUCGGCAUUCGUGCAUGGAGGGUUCUUGCAUCUGGGGUUCAACAUGUACAACUUCGUGUUUGCUGGGGGAAGGCUGGAGCAGAUGAUGGGAACUGUUCGCUUCGUGAACUUGAUCGUCGUGUGGGUGCUGGUCCUGGGAAUCCUCUACUUCGUCAUCGCGUUCGUGGGCGCCCUGUUCCAGUACGCCAGAUUCUGGAACGAGUGUGCUGUAGGAUUCUCUGGUGUGCUAUUUGCUAUCUUGACAGUAGACAGCUUCGCUGCUCCCCUCGGAACUCAGUUCUCGAUGUUUGGCUGGCAGAUCCCGGCGAGGUGGUACCCAUGGGCGAUGCUUAUCUUCACGCAAGUGCUGAUGCCAAACGUGUCCUUCAUCGGUCACCUCGUCGGCAUCCUGGGAGCGUUCGUCUUCUCGCACGGGCUGCUUGACUGUUUCAUGCUCCCGCCCUUCGUCGUCCUCUUCCUUGAGAAACGUGCCAUCAAGCUCGCACUCCUCCGACUCCCCUGCUGA